AUGCCGAGCCAAUAUUCACAAGGCGGUGGCCAGUCACCAGCGAUUAACAUUGCUGUGAUGGGCGAGACUGGUAGUGGAAAGAGCUCAUUCAUUAAACGGGUAACUGGACGACGCGAUGUAAACGUCGGCCACGGCAUCAAUCGAGGUACCUACAGAAUUCAACCAUAUGAAGUCACCUUGAAGUCGCCUGAAAACGGCAGAUCCUACAGAGUGCGGUUGAUCGACUGUCCUGGGUUUGACGACAUUAGCGUGCCAGACAGACAGACCGUCGACGAUAUCCUGUUAUGGCUCCGGGACAUGUACGGAGAGAACCGAAAGCUUCACGGAAUCAUUUACACUAUCAACAUCGACAGGCCUCGCGUGACUGGUUUUGCAAUGCGGAACAUCGCUGUUUUCAGGGAGCUCGUUGGUAACGAUUUCUACCCCAACGUAGUUCUCGGCACGACAUUUUGGGAUAGGCUAUCGAACGAGCUUGAAGGCACGGAGCGUGAGCAGGAACUGAAAUCUACUCCAGGAUUUUGGGGUCAGCUAGCCGCCAGAGGAUCUCAGAUUCGCAGGAUUGGCAACCAGGGUCGUCAAGCAGAGUCGUCCACGACAUCCCGGCAUCGGCCAUCAGCCAGUGAUCUCUCGGUGGUCUAUGAAAUCGUGCGCAACUUUCGCCCACAAUGGGUUGCGGCCCAGGAAGAAAUGGCAUAUGGCUUCAGUCCCUCGCAAACGUCCGCAAGCAGAGAGUUCGACGAAUGGGAACAUUAUUGGAAAGCAGUACGCAGAAUGGAGGAAGACCAUGACCGCGCCAGGAGAGAAAGCGAACGCAGGGUGUCAGACAACCAGACACAGCUGAAUGAGGAGCUCCGCCGGCGGAAGGAUAUGUCCACCCGACUUCGACCGCAAGACAUCGAAUUUGCAACAGACGAGAAGCGGCGCCGCAAACUCCACGCCGACGUGCUGGAUCUGAAGAGGCAACUCAGUGCUGUGCGCGAAGCAAGUGAAGUGCGCACAAAUGCGGAGCUUGAACGUGCUAGGGAACUCCGAAAGGAAAAACAGCAAAUCCUCGCGGCCAAGAAAAGUGAAGAGGCCGCUACGCUGGUGAAAUCCAGAUGCAAGCAGUUCCGCCAAGCCGUUCCUGCAGAGGUGAGGUGUCAGAGCUCAGAUUGCAGGAAACGGCAUGCGAUCAGAUUCAAGGUCGAAGAUUAUUAUCGUAAGUCUCAAGAUGAGACUGCUGCCAAUGCAGAGCUGACAACUACGAUCACUGUAUCCAAGCAGGGGCAAGGUGUGGGAAACCCGGCCACCCUCCCAUGGCACGCAUUACGCCUGCAGACUGGGGCUAUGAAGUGA